ACAAUGAAAUUCCAGCAAAUCCACUGAUUUGCGAUGGCCGCCCGGACGCCAGCGGCGGCGGCGGCGGCGUCAUCUUUUCUACGCUCCGUGCCACCGCGCAACGCCGCCGGUCGCCUCGCGUGGUUCCUGGGCGGCGCCUCCGCUGCUUCCUCCGAUGCUGGGAUUGGCUCGGGGGAGUUCGUCGCGUGGCACAACGGCGGCGGAAUCCUGCACAGGGCCGCGUCCGUUGACCCCACGGCGGUGGUGGAGGCCGGCGCCGUCGUGCACUCCGGUGCUGUUCUUGGUAAGGACGUCGUCGUCGCGUCAGGUGCCGUCGUCGGGCCCUCGGUGUCCGUCGGGCAGUCCACCAAGAUUUGGUACAAUGUUGUUUUGAGCAAUUGUUCGGUGGGCGAGUUCUGCACCAUCCACAACGGCUCCUGCAUUGGGCAAGACGGUUUUGGUUUCUUUGUGGGGGAGGAUGGACAGGUCAAGAAGAAACCACAGAUGUUGCAUGCAAGAAUUGGAGAUCAUGUGGAGAUAGGCGCAAAUACAUGCAUUGACAGAGGCAGUUGGAGAGACACGGUGAUUGGAGAUGAAACCAAGAUUGACAAUCUGGUUCAGAUAGGUCACAAUGUGGUUAUUGGAAAAUGCUGCAUGAUUUGCGGACAAGUAGGAAUCGCUGGUUCUGCGACGUUGGGGGACUAUGUAACAUUGGGCGGAAGGGUGGCAAUUCGGGAUCAUGUGUCCAUUGCUUCAAAGGUUCGACUUGCAGCAAACAGUUCAGUGACAAAGGAUAUACAGAAGCCCGGUGACUAUGGUGGAUUUCCAGCAGUCCCUAUAAAUGAAUGGCGCAGGCAAACUGCAAACCUGCGCAUGUUUUCGAAGAAAAAUGGUGACAGAAGAUAGUAUGUGCACAAAUCCUGCGACGCCGAAACAGAAUGUUAUAGUCCAAUUUUUUUUUGUUGGUAAUCUAGGCUUGUAGUUUGCCCACUGAAGCUGGCUGAUGUAAUACCUCUUUGUCUAGGGGAAUCAAUAUAUCUUUUACUUCAAGAGGCUUUUUAUAGUCCUUGAGAAUAUACAUGCAUAUUCAAUCAUUUGAGAAGUAUUUAAAAUUUGGUUUGAUAUCUUCUGGUU